CAGCAGUAUCACAAGCCAAAGAAGCACUUCUUACACACGUACUCCAAUUUAGCAAAGGGCUAGUAUUUUGAACCCUUAUAACACUCUCACUCCCAGACUAGUGUCAUUGUAGUUUCUAGCUCCCACCAUAAUGGGAAGUAAAAGUUUAAACAUCGUAAUAGUUUUGAUGUUUGUAGUAGUAGUAUUGCUCGCCCUGGAUGCCUCAUUGGUGCAUGGCCAAGGCACUCGUGUCGGGUUCUAUUCGAAAACAUGUCCUCGAGUAGAAUCUAUUGUUCGAUCUACUGUUCAAACUCAUUUUGCGUCUAAUCCCGCUAUUGCUCCGGGGCUGUUGAGGAUGCACUUCCAUGAUUGUUUUGUGCAUGGUUGUGAUGCUUCUAUCCUUAUUGAGGGGGCAAACACGGAGAGAACAGCCCCACCUAACAGUUUGUUAAGAGGAUUUGAAGUCAUAGACGAUGCCAAAGCCAAGCUUGAAGCUGCAUGUCCUGGCGUCGUUUCUUGCGCUGAUAUUCUUACCCUUGCUACUCGCGAUUCUGUUUUUUUGACCAAGGGACAGAGCUGGCAGGUGCCUACUGGACGCAGAGAUGGCAGGGUAUCAUUGGCAUCAGAUACCACCAAUUUACCUGGCUUUAGAGACUCUGUUGAUGUUCAAAAGCAAAAGUUUGCAGAGAAAGGUCUGGAUACCAAAGAUCUCGUCGCCCUCGUUGGUGGACACACCAUUGGAACAGCAGCAUGCCGUCUAUUCAGUUACAGACUAUACAACUUUACCACAAAUGGGAAUGGUGCUGAUCCUACCAUUGACCCAACUUUCUUGCCUCAACUCCGAGCUCUCUGCCCACAAAAUGGCGACGGAGCAAGCCGUGUAGGACUAGAUCCUGGUAGCCAAAACAGAUUUGACACGUCUUACUUCAACAACUUGAUGAAAGGCCGUGGAGUACUCGAGUCAGAUCAAAAGUUAUGGACUGAUGCCUCUACAAAGACUUUUGUUCAACGUUUUCUGGGAGCAAGAGCCUUCAAUGUGGAGUUUGGAAGGUCCAUGGUGAAGAUGAGUAACGUCGAUGUUAAAACGGGUACCCAGGGUGAAAUUCGUAAAAUAUGUACAGCAAUUAACUAACUGGCUAGUCAUCAGAGCUCUAUCAGAAAGGACAUGAGACGAGAAAAAAAAAACAUAUAAUAUUAUGUAUUUAUUUGGUUAUAAUUGGCGUAAGUCAAUUAAUUAGAGUCGUCUUGCAUUGUAAGUGUUUAUUGUUUUUGGAUUAUAGGUGUACAAUUUACUCGUUUGAAAUUUACAGUAUUGCCGUAAUUGUCCUUUA